ACGUUCUGAUCGGACCGAGGUCAUAGUAUACGACUGGAAGCCCUAGACGCGCAGAAAUUUGCUGGCAGAGCGUAAACCCCCAUAGCACCUAGACCGCAGCCGCGACUGUCCAAAUUUCAGUCCAGACUCCAAACACUACCAUCAACUGCGAACAUGACGUCCAUGACAGAGAGUGCAUAUGACAUAUCACAAGGCUUCCGUUGGAACCCAGAUUAUGACACAGUUUUAGAGCAAAUCGCUGACUCUGACAUAGAAGAGCCAAAGAUAGAAUGGAACCUGCUACGCGACAUGAUCAAGUACAAAGUGGACGAGAAUAUCGCCCUAUUUCUAGCAGAUCCACCGCCUCACAAUGCAGUGGAAUUCCAACCGUUACCUGAGGAUCUCCUCAAAGCUGGUAACUUGAAGUUACCGCCGUUCCCGCUUCGUGAACAGAACGAUCUCAAUCACAACGAGGUACCGAAAGUGUACAUGAACCAGCAAGAAGCAGGCGAGAUCAAAGCUUUCAUUUUCAGGCAACUGCAUGAAUUUGAUGAUGAUCCUCCUUUCACAAUACAACGCGUCUGCGAGCUCUGCGUACGACCGAAACAGCAUUAUAAAGCUCUUGGAAAGUAUCUUCGAGCGGUAGAGAAAUCAUUGCUCGUUACAUCCUCGUGGAACGCUUUCCCCGCAGAAGAAUCUAACCAUGACGGCCCAACAAUAUCUUCAUUAUCGAUGACAGCUGGUUUACUAUCAGCACCGACUACUCCGCUCUUCUCUCCCAUAUUCUUUCAUCAUGAAGAUGCACGGCGCUCAAAGUCACAAAGUCCUCCUCCGUCACCUCUAACACUAAGUGGCAUGGAAUCUAUGGGGCACGUCGAACCCUUGGAAGGGAUGCCACCCAAAGCACUUGGCCUAGUAGACGAAUUGGACGAUCCAAGCCCAGGGCACUUGAGUAAUCAUCCAACAGCUCUUACAGCUGUUACUACGGUGGGCUCAAAGCCUUUCAUGGAUACCCUGGGGACAAGGUUUGUGAGAGGAGAGGGACAGCAUGAUACGGAGAGCAGUGAUCAAAGGAUGGCGGACGGAACGGGAGACAAAGAAAAUAUAGGUUGACGGUGCUUUCAUCUAAACUGGGAACAAACCAGUAAGAGCUGUGAU